AUGUUCGUGUCAUUUGACGCAUUAUGGCCUGUCUUGGUGGACAUUAGCCAGCGUUCAAACUACACAUUAUUCUGCGCCAUUGAUGCACUGGAUGAAUGUGAACUAGAGUCACAGCAGAUCAUUCUCGACCAACUUGAUCAAACGUUUAAAAACUGCAAUUCAAAGUCUGUAUUUUCAUCAAACUUGCGCUUUUUAUUCACCAGUCACUCGUACCCUGAAAUCCGUGAUUGCCUAUCUUCCUACCUGUCCAAGGGAUUGGCUUCAUACCAGGCGGUUACAAGGGACCUGAAAAUGGUGGUUCGGGCAAAAGUGGCGACGCUCACAGAACGAAAGAAUUAUUCAAAGGCAGUCACUGUCGAGGUGUCCGAUAUCCUCGAAGACAAAGCGGAGGGAACAUUCCUCUGGGUAGGCAUUAGCUGCGACGAAUUGGCGAGAGUCCAAUCAAGGAAUGCGGUGAAGACCUUGCGAACCCUUCCACGAGGGCUACAUUCUUUGUGCCAGAUUCUCCUUGAUGCAGCCGUCGCAACAAUUGAGAAGGAUGAUCGUCAAUUGAUGGUUGAUAUGGUGGGAUUUGUCGCAGUUGCACAAAGACCACUGACGUUGGUGGAACUAGCUGAAGCCUGCCAGUUAUAUCCUGACAAGGACAUAGAGAGCCGCCUUAAAUUUACUCGAGAACUCAUCGACCUGUGCCGCUUGAUGAUCAUUAUCGACGGAGACUCGACUGAUGAACGGGGAAUUAACAUACUGGCCGCCAAUGCCACCUUGACGCAUCGUUGCAUUGAGAAUAUUCUACACCAGUCUCAGGUAGGCGGUACUGAACAGCUCUCCCAAGCUGAAUUUAGAGCCAAAGAAGAGCAUGAGGGCUUUUCCCAACUUCAGGCCAAAGCAUGGGUCAAAUGGCUGAUUGAUUACGAUUGUUUGAGAAAAGUCCCCUGGGAAGAGCUGGACGCUGGCUUCUCCCCUAUUCAUACUGCUGCCCAAUGGGGUAUUGUGCAAAUUAUUUUGUUGCUACUUCCGGAAAACUUGGAAGACAAAGAUCUUCACGGCCGCUCUCCACUGCUUGUUGCAGCUCAACGGUCACGCCUAGAAGCUGUGGAUUAG